UAUCUAACUAAACAGUUCAACCAGAAAUAAAAUCCAAAACCAAUAUCUUUUUUCCUCGCUUUUCAACUAACAAACCUGAGUACUUGCCUUAAAACCAGGCGUAUAAAAAAAAUAUAUUUAAAUUUUUUUUUUUUAAAAAAAAGGAAAAUUUAUGUGGGGCCCAAUGAAAAGAAGGAAAGAUUCCACGUGUAAAAGAAUGACCUCAGCAGUCCUGCGUCAAAAGGAGUUCUCCUCUCAACCUUUAUAAGCCCAAAGCCAGAGUCAGCUUUGCCUCUGCAAUUGUCACCCAAAGUCACAUUCACACCCGUCACUUGCUCUGUUUUGCUCUGUUUCCCCUGUUCUCGCCGCUUCUCUCUUUCCCUCUCUCUCUCUCUCCUCCAAUUCGUUCACAAACACUCGUCUGAGACUUCAACUGAAUGAAACUCAGUUAAUCUUCAACGGGGUUUUGCUUAAUUUCGUAAUUUGCUCAUCCGAAAAGACAGGAAAAAAGAAACAAGAAAAACAAAAAUAAAGAAAAUGGUUCAGGGGAUUGGUUCUGAUGGGAUUUUCAGGUGGAACGAUGAUUUUGAUGGCGGUGGUGGGUUUAGUGACGCUUCUGGUGCUUCUGAGUGGUCUCAGAAUUCGGAGUCUUUGAAGCGUGACAUUGGUUCUAGUUCUGCUCAUGAGCACAAUAUCUCAGAAGCUGCAAACAAGAGGCUCAAGGAAGUUCCCAUUGAUUCUAAUGAAAAGGCUCAACUGGCUCAAACUCUUCUAGGCUUACGUCCUCUUGGUUUGAAUCUUGGGAAGACACCCUCUUUUCUGGACUUAACAGAAAGGAUUGUGCCCCGGAAAAAUAAGAUUAUUCGAGCACCCGAAAUUAUUCAUAAUGAUUUUCAAUUAAUGUCUGACAAGGAAAAACUUAAGGCUUCUAACUUUGGUGCAACAUUACUCAGAAUUGGUUCAUUUCAGAGAGUAACUCAACAUGAAGGUGAUCUGGUGGCCAAAUGUUACUAUGCUAAGCGAAAACUGGUGUGGGAAAUCUUAGAUCAAGGUUUGAAGAGCAAGAUUGAAGUGCAGUGGUCCGAUAUUUUAUCAAUGAGAGCUGUUAUUGAAGAAAAUCAGCCUGGAAUUCUAGAAAUUGAGUUAAAGCAGCCACCUUCUUUCCACCGGGAAUCGAAUCCGCUGCCAAGAAAGCAUACCGUGUGGAAUGUGGCAACAGAUUUCACCAACGGUGAAGCUCUCAUUCACAGGAGGCAUUAUGUUCAAUUUGCUCCAGGUGUUCUUGACAAACACUAUGAGAAGCUCGUACAACGCGAACUCCGGUUUUUCGAACUGAGCCAAAAACCUUUCCCAAGUCGAAGAUCUCCCUACUUUCAGUCAGACUCCAACGAUGGAAUUGCAGAAAUUUCUUUUAAUUUUGAUGGACAUGGGCCAGAAAUCCCCUCCAAUUUCCAGUCAACCUUGUCACCAUGUGUCCAGACACGUCCUACUCAAAAAAUUCGAAGAUAUGAACAAGCCAAACCAUCUCUUAGGAUCAAGGAUUCGACUUCACCAAUAUCAGUUAUGGAUUUUUCUUCGACUUUAGAUGAGGCAAACAGCUUCCAAGCUGUUGAAAAUCCACAUAUGCCAUACUGGGAUCAAGGAAGAAUCACAGAAACGACCAACUUUGCAGAGUUUUUCGGGGGAGAGCAACUUCCAGGAUUGGUUUCUGUUGCUGCAGCACCUCAAAUGAAUCCAACCAUUUCCUUCCAGAACUUUAAUGCAUAUGAUCAAGCGUUGGAACGCGCUAAUCUAGAGUCUCAAAUACUCGCUUCCAUUGAAAACAAGUUGUUGUUUGAGUCAGAAGUUGAGUUUAGUGAUGAACAAUUCAUGACACAGGUCAACUCACUAAUUGGAUUCCCAGAGCAAGUGAAUCCUGCAGUUGGAACUGGUACAAGGCACACAAACUAUGGACAACAAAUGACUGGUAACGGAAACUUGGUUCCCAGUGCAACUGUUAAUGCACUCCAGCCUCAUCCAAAGAGCUGGGUGCCGCCACCACCUCAACCAGCCAGCUGGGGGGUGCCGCCACCACCUCAACCAGCCAGCUGGGGGUUGCCGCCACCACCUCAACCAGCCAGCUGGGGGUUGCCGCCACCACCUCAACCAGCCAGCUGGGGGGUGCCGCCACCACCUCAACCAGCCAGCUGGGGGGUGCCGCCACCACCUCAACCAGCCAGCUGGGGGGUGCCGCUACCACCUCAACCAGCCAGCUGGGGGGUGCCGCCACCACCUCAACCAGCCAGCUGGGGGGUGCCGCCACCACCUCAACCAGCCAGCUGGGGGGUGCCGCCACCACCUCAACCAGCCAGCUGGGAGGUGCCGCCACAAGGUUCUGCCGAGAACUCAGGGAUACAUAUGGCUGGGCACAACUCACUGCAUUCACCUUUCUCUCAAAAUCAAAGGAUGGAAGAUUUCAAUAAUUUGGCAAACCGCUGGAAUCCACAAAUAUGACCUGGGAUAAGUGUAUAUUGCCUCAGUUUCAUCCCUUUGGUUAGGUUAGUAUUAUUUUUGUGGAUAUCCUUGUAGAGAGGGAUUAUAUAGUCUUGAUCCCCUGUUUGUUUGGUUGGUUAGUGCUUGCUUAGCAUUUUUCCUUUUUAAUUAACUUUUCCAAAAGCAUUCAGGCUUCAGCGUUGGCAUGCUUCUGUCCAACAAUGAAUGGUCCGAGGGAUGUUCUUGAAAUUCGUUCAAGAUUUGGGUAUACAUGCAUUCCAUAUGAAAAUCUCUCCAAUUCCAACCUUGAAGGAUUUGUAACAUCUUGCUUAAUCUAAUCUAAUCCAAGUACAACAAAUUUGACAUCCAGUGAUCAUAUAAUUUAAUCCAAAUCCACCCC